AUGGAUGUCACCAACCUGACCUUUUCGGAACUCAGAGGGAGGACCCCAGAGCCCAGAACGCUGUGGGUGACUCCCACCAGCCUGGACAGAGAUACAGGCCAGAGCAGCAGCAUCUUUUCCGGGUCUGUGGGACUCCUCGCCAUCCUCCUGGUCGUCAUAGUUUUCUGCAUCCUGUGCAAAUGGAACAAACGGAAGAAGCGACAAGUUCCAUACCUCCAAGUCACCGUCAGGCCCCUAACUCUGCCACGACCCAGACAACGAGCCAAAAAUAUUUAUGACCCCUUGCCUCGGUGGCAAGAAGAGCUGGGGAGACGUCAGUCAAGAGGUAGCCCUAUUUUCAGUACUGAGAGCCUCUUCUCCAGAAAUUCUGACAGCCCUGAGCAUGUGCCUUCCGAAGCAGGAAAUGUCUCCCAGGUGCAUAGAGCGCAUAUCCAUGCCAUGGAGUACGCGGUGGGUAUCUAUGAUAAUGCCACGGUGCCCCAGAUGUGUGGAAACCUCACUCCCUUGGCACAAUGCACCGAUGUCAGAGCUUCCAGAGACUGCACGAGCAUUUCUUCAGAGGAUUCACAUGAUUAUGUCAAUGUCCCCACAGCAGAAGAGAUUGCUGAGACUCUAACGUCUACCAACAGCCCCUCCAGAAAUCUGCUUGUUCUUCCAAGUGCCCAGGAGCUGGAGUUUACUAAAGAAACAGACGAGGACUGUAGGAAUGCUGUUAACUGCACCAGUUUUUGGUCUCCAGGAACUGAGGGCAGUGAGCCACUCAGUGAUGGGGAAUGCUCUUCUCAGACCUCAAAUGACUAUGUCAACAUGACAGGGUUGGAUCUCAGGGUCAUCCAGGAGACGCAGCCUCAGGUGGCUUGUCAGUGCUGCAGAGACUAUGAAAAUGUCCCACCAGCAGAUCCCAAUGGAAACCUGCAGCAGGCUGAGGAAAAAGCGACAUCCUCAAACACAGGCCAUGUUGAGGGCAGGACAGAUGGUCCAGAGACCCACAUCCAACCUGUCAGAAAAAGGUCCUUGGCUUCAGAGGAUUAUGUGGCCUUUGAGCCAUCCACACAGAGUGCGAACACUCAGAUGAAACACAGAGAAGAGAUGUCAGAUGAGGACUCUAAUGACUAUGAGAAUGUGCUGGCUGCCAAGCCAGGCAGCAGGGACUCUGAGCAUGGGCCUGGCACUCAGCUCCUUCCUCAUGAAUUAAAAUCCAGUCACCUGGCUGGAAAGCCACAUGCAGUGGUCUAUCCUGCUAGAUCCUUAGCCACUGCAGAGUCUAGUGAAGACCCUUGA